CAGAUGGCGAUAUGCAGAUUUCAGGCGAUACUUCUAGUGUGACGUCUAAUGUAGUGGACGGAACACUUCAUAACCAGUCAAACAUUUGGUCGGCAACCUGCGUAGCCAACAUUGCCGAAAACAUCAGUCACUGUGUUUUAAACAUACUUCUGCCGUGUCUAUUUGUUGGCCCAUUUAAUGUAACGUUAAUAUUUACGUUGUUUGUCAGGUCAGCUGGCUUGCUAAAUUAGCUUUGCACGAGGCUAAUCGCUAAUGCUAAGUAGCUAGCGAGCUAACAUCCCCGAACAUGAGUUCACUUAGCUACUCCACUCCUGCUGAAGAAGAGGGGGUCUGCUGGACGGAGAAAGAAGAAGAGUCUGUCACAGUUAAACAAGAAGUAGAGGAUGAGGCUGUUACAGUUAAACAAGAAGUAGAUGAUGAGGCUGUUACAGUGAAAGAAGAAGAGAAAGAAGUUACUGUGACAGAGAAAGAAGCUUUCAGAGUGAAGAUGGUGGAGAAGAUUACUGGCACGUUGGAAGAGGAGACGGGAGGUCUGAGUAACGCCAGAGAGCGACCAGACUCUCACUCUGGCAGCGGGGAGAGUCAUUCAGGGGAACCAGACCCAGAGACGUCCAAACCGGCGAGACGACACCACUGCUCCCAGUGUGGAAAGAGUUUUAACCGAUCACAACACCUGAAAUUACAUGAGAGAACACACACAGGAGAAAAGCCUUACCACUGUUCCCAGUGUGGGAAGAGUUUUCUCCUAUCACAACAACUGAAAUUACAUGAGAGGACACACACAGGAGAAAAGCCUUACCACUGUUCCCAGUGUGGGAAGCGUUUUAUCCGAUCACAACACCUGAAAUCACACAAGCGAACACACACAGGAGAAAAGCCUUACCAGUGUUCCCAGUGUGGAAAGAGUUUUACUCGGUUAGAUUACCUGAAAAGUCAUAAGCAAAUACACUCUGGAGAGAAGUCUUACUCCUGUUCCCAUUGUGGAAAAAGCAUUAGGUGGUUGGGGACUCUGAAAUCGCAUGAGCGAAUACACACACAAAAAAAACUCCAAUGUUCCUUGUGUGGAAAGCGGUUUACCCAGUUAGAAGCCCUGAUUGUGCAUGACAGGACACACACAGGCGGGGAUAAGACCUACCACUGCUCCCAGUGUGGAAAGAGAUUUAACUGGUUAAGGCAGCUGAAUAAGCAUGAAAGAAUACAUACACAGGAGGAGAAGACAUACCACUGCUCUCAGUGUGGAAAGACAUUUUCCCAGUUAGAGGACCUGAAAUCACACGAGAAAAUAGAGAGGCUGUGUUCUGACUUGAGUUUUUGACCUGAUCAUUUGUGUUUUUGUUUAAUCUUUAUGAAAUCAGUUUGUAUAUAUGAAAGCAGAAUAAGGGUCCUGUUGUUGUUUCAUUUAGAGACCUGAUCGUGUCUCAUAUCAGGUGUCUGUUGGGUUUUUGAUGAUGAGCUUCGUUUGAUUUGAUACAAGUAUAAACCCUCUGUUGUUCAUCAUAUGCUUUUCAUGUUGCAUAAUGUACAUAAAUAUAGAAGUAAUUUGCCUUUCACAA